GUGAAGCGGACACAGAUUAUCUUGCGAGCUAUGGCUUCACAAGAUCAAGUGUUUAGAUGGGUCAAAGAAUCUUUGACUAAUCAAGAUUUCAAUAUAAAGGAUGUUCAUAUAACAGGCAGUACAGGAAAUGACCAAGGAUAUAUGGGAGAAGUUAUUUUUGUAGAAGCUGAAGGAGUUACUAAUGAAGGCAGUGAGAAAAAAAUCCACCUGGUUGUGAAACACGGAAAAAUCAAUGAACAUUUAAGAAAGACAACACCAGUUAGAGAAGUAUUUGUUAGUGAAAUCUACACCUAUGACAAUAUUUUCCCAGUGUUCCAAAAGUUCCAGAAAGAACGAGGCGUUGAGAUUUUUGAUUCAGUGCCCAAAUGUUACAAGUGUCUAAUGUUUGAACACAUGGAAGUGAUAGUUCUACAAAACCUGAAAAAAGUUGGUUACGAUUUACAUGAUAGGAAGAAACCCAUGGAUAUAGACCAUUUAGAAAUUGUUUUGAAAGAGUAUGGCAAAUUUCACGCAACGUCUUUUGCUAUGCGUGAUCAAGAUUAUGAACUCUUUGAAAAACUCACUGAGAACUUGCCCAAUGUCUACAAGAGCUUCAUGGAACUACCAGACAUAGAUUCAUUCAUUCUGAGUUCUACUGCUAUCGUAAUCGAUAUAUUGAAGAAGUACAAAGAUGAGGACCUUUGCAAGAAGUUUGAAAAGUUGAUGGAAAGAGGGAUUACCAAUAUAUUGAUGGACGUUGUAGACAUAAGGGAUCCAAAAGCUGUGAUUUGCCAUGGUGAUUGUUGGAAUAAUAAUUUCAUGUUCAAAUAUGAGAAUGAGGAUAAAAAGAAGCCUUCGAGAGUAUCAAUCUUGGACUGGCAGAUAUCAACCCUCUGGUCACCUGUAUACGACUUAUCCUAUUUUCUCUACGCAGUUUGUUCCACGGACCAACUGGUUCAUUUCGACGAUCUCCUGGUCCUCUAUUACGACUCCUUUUCGACAUAUCUAUCACAAUUGGGCAGCAAUCCCGAAGAACUCUUUCCGUUUUCGGAGUUGAAAGAGCACUGGAAGAAGUACUCCAUAUUCGGACUGAUACAGAUGACAAUCAUCCUGAGAUUCGCCCUGUGUGACAAAGAAGAUGCACCUUCUCUCACCGAUCUCACGGAGGAUAGCAAUUUCGCGGAAUUGCUAGAUUCGAUUCCUGUCACCGAAGAGGAUCUGUUUUAUGAGAGGAUGAAAGCUGUCAUGUGUCAUUAUUUCGACAGUACUGCAUGAAUCAAUCAAUCAAUCAAU